GCUUUAAUUGAACCCACCUGCAAUUUCAUGCUCUUCUCAUUUUAAUACGCCCUUAACCCUAAAUAUCAUCCCUCACUAAUCAACAAUGGCUACUUUCUUUGGCUAUUUUACUUGCAAUUCAUUGCCUUCUUAUGCCCAUCUCUUCUUCACAUUUGCUGUUUUCUUUCUUUCAUGCCUGGUUCCCUUUCUUUAUCGUAAAUCUCAAUCCAAACAUCUCAAGCUCCCCCCGGGACCUACUGGUUGGCCUAUUGUUGGUAAUCUUUUCCAGGUUGCUCGCUCCGGCAAGCCUUUCUUUCAAUACGUCGACGAUCUUCGCCGUAAAUAUGGGCCCAUUUUCACUCUCAGGAUGGGGACUCGAACGAUAAUUAUACUUAGCGACGCCAUGCUUUGCCAUGAAGCUUUCAUCGAAAAGGGUGCUAUCUUCGCCAGCAGACCCCGAGAAAAUCCCACUCGAAACAUCUUUAGUUGCAACAAGUUCACCGUAAAUAGCGCCGUUUACGGCCUUGAGUGGCGGUCUCUAAGACGAAACUUGGUUCAAAAUAUGCUAAGCUCAAGUAGGAUUAAAGAGUUUCACAGUAUUAGAAGUCAAGCUAUGGAUAAACUCAUAGAUCGUCUUCGAGCCGAAGCUAAGGCCAAUGGCGGCGUUGUUUCGGUGUUGAAAAAUGCUCGUUUCGCUGUGUUUUGUAUACUCUUAAUGAUGUGUUUUGGGAUUGAAAUGGAUGAAGAAACUAUUGAGAAAAUGGAUCUAAUAACGAAAAAUGUUCUGAUUACAUUAGAUCCAAGAAUCGAUGAUUUUCUUCCCAUUUUAAGACCCUUUUUUGGCAAGCAACGCAAGCGAGCACUCCAAGUUCGUAAACAGCAAGUCGAAAAUAUCACUCCGUUCAUCCAACAACGUCGAGUAGCUCUUAGGAAUCCAGGAUCAAAUAACUCCGCGAUGCGGUUUUCGUAUCUCGACACCCUUUUUGAUCUCAAAGUUGAAGGAAGAAACUCAGCACCAUCCAACUCAGAGCUGAUCUCACUUUGCUCCGAGUUCAUCAAUGGCGGAACUGAUACCACCGCGACUGUACUUGAAUGGGGUAUUGCUCAGCUGAUUCACAAUCCAAAUAUUCAAUCUAAAUUGUUUGAUGAAAUCAAAAGUACAGUUGGUGAUCGAACAGUAGAGGAGAAAGAUGUUGAAAACAUGAAGUAUUUACAAGCAAUAGUGAAUGAAGUGUUACGUAAGCACCCACCAACCUACUUUUUACUAACUCAUGCAGCGACUGAGGCAACAACUUUGGGUGGAUUCAACAUCCCCAUUAAUGCAAAUCUCGAGGUUUUCUUGCCUGGGAUUAGUGAAGAUCCCAAAAUCUGGUCAAACCCAGAAAAGUUCGAUCCUGAUAGAUUCUAUUUAGGGAAAGAAGAUGCAGAUAUAACAGGUGUAACAAUGGUGAAAAUGAUACCAUUUGGUGCUGGGAGGAGGAUUUGUCCUGGAUUAACAAUGGCCACUGUUCAUAUUCACCUAAUGUUAGCAAGAAUGGUUCAGGAAUUUGAAUGGACUGCUUAUCCUCCUAAUUCUCACAUUGAUUUCAGUGGGAAAUUCGAGUUUACUGUGGUGAUGAGCAAUACCUUAAAAGCAAGGAUCAAGCCAAGGGGUGAUACUAGGUAAAAAGGAAAUCGAAAUCAUAAAACAUUAAUAUUUACUUAUAUCUUAAAUGAGAUGUUCAAACAAAAUGCUUAUGUGUACUGGGUAUUUAUUUGCUAGCGUUCUAUAUGAGUGUUAUUGUGAGUGGUUUGGUUACUCCUGUAA